AUGGCGACCAUUGUGAGUACUCUGGAGAAUAUUUCCAGAAAAUUUGAUCAGAUUGACUCACGGUUUGACGCUUACGAGUUAGAACGGAACAGACCAUUGAUGGACCAGAAGACCAUUGAUGACAUGGUGAAAGCUUUAGUGGAGGAGCGUCUGAAAAUUGUAGGGAAAAUUCCCGAAAACUAUGAUAACCUCUCAAACGGCGGCGAAGAAGAAUCUUUGCCAUCACCGCAGCAGAAUACGCAGCAGAAGUAUGUCAAUAGUCCAUCGUUAGUCGGCGAGACUCCUGACAAGGCACACCAGUGGGAGAAGACUCUCCCAAGUGACACUGUCACUACUUGGGAAGAGUGUAAGAGAGCUUUCCUGGACAAGUUCUUCUCUACUUCAAGAACAACUAAGAUCAAGAAUGAAAUAUCUGGCAAGGAGAGUUUGCUUAGCAUUUUCUAUAGAGGAGCUCUACCACAGUGCAGAAACAUGCUUGAUACUGCCAGCAAUGGUUUCUUCUUGGGAAGAACUGAGGAAGAGGCAGAGGAACUAGUAGAGAACAUGGCCAAGAGUGACUCGGUGUACAGUGAGGAGCAUGAUAGGGUCAACAGAAGUGAUGAUCAGCAGACAAAGAAAGAGAUCAAUCAAGAGGUUCCUCCUAAGGUCAAUGAGGUUGAUGGUUUUGAAGGCCAAGAAGAGCUAUGCUUCAUCAACAACAAUGGUACUUGGUACAGGAAGAAACCUAACUUUCAGUACAACAACUACCAGCAAAGGUCUUACUCCAACAACCAGCAAGGAGGCUACCAGCCAAAGCAGAACAUUCAGCAAGGGGCUAUCAGCCUAGCCAAGUCGCCAACAAGGGUCAUUACCUGGAAAGCCAGAGCAAAUCCCAUGGAAACAAUGAAGGCAAUCACCCUACAGAGUGGUAGAGAGUUGCCUCCAAGAGUUCUCACCAAGGAUGGUGAAAAACAAGGUGGGGAGGUGGCCAUAAACAUUGAUGAUGAAGUGGUGAUUGUAGAUGAGAAGGUUGAUGAAGAGAUUCUGGAAAAGAUUGUUGAAGCUAAGGGUAAAGGGAAGGUUGGACAGGAAAAGAGGACAGUGAAACAUGGUGAAACUGCUACUCCAACGAAGGAAUCCUCUUUUGUCACAAUGCCCAUCAUUGAUGCUUUUAUGUUUGUCCCUCAGUACGGAAAAUUCUUGAAAGAUGUUGUGGCUGCAAAAAAGAAAGAGAUAGAAGGUAUGAUGAUCUUAACACACGAAUGCAGCGCCAUUAUCCAGAGGUUAGAUGUUCCAAGAAAGCUAGAAGAUCCAGGAUGUUUCACCUUACCUUGUGCUCUAGGACCUAUGGUGUUUGAGCGGUGUCUAUGCGAUCUUGGAGCUAGUGUCAGCUUGAUGCCUUUGUUUAUUGCAAAAAAGCUUGGAUUUACUCAAUACAAGAAGUGUAGACUCUCUUUGGUGUUGGCUGAUAGAUCAGUAAAGAUUCCUGUUGGUAUCCUAGAAGACCUUCCCUUGAUGGUUGGUAACUUUGAGAUCCCUACUAAUUUUGUUGUGUUGGAGAUGGGUGAGGAAGCCAGAGACCCUUUGAUCCUUGGAAGACCAUUCUUAACCACAGCAGGAGCUUUUGUGAAUGUUAGAGAAGGAAAGAUUGAUCUUCAUCUUUGA